AUGUCUCGAUCUCCUUCGCCGACCACUCUCAAGCCAUCGUUGAUUCGUCCGGCAUUCCCACAUAUGUCUACGUCGCCUGAUUUGGUGGGAUUCAGGACUAAUUCUGGCCCUCAGUACGAUACUAUAGACAACAGACUUCCAGGAGAUAAGUCCAGUGCCAAAGAACUUCUCGACUUCUUGAACGAGAGAUCUAACGACGAGUAUAAGACGGUGGUGUUCAGAACGACAGCGAGAAAUAACGCCCACUAUCAAAAUCGUGUCUCCUUCGAUACCGUCGGCACUCAGAUCGCCGAAGAUCCAACUCUGGACUUCUCCGAUGACGACUACUAUUCUCCUCCUAGACGGAUGCUGAACGACAUGGAUUACCGUGGCCGAGGCAGAGAUAGAGAUCUUUUGCCCAUUCGAUCUCCAGGCACUUCACCAGGUGCCAGUCCGACCCGAAUGCUCUCGCCAAUCCGAGGGAUGGAUAUGAGCCGCCUUUUCCAGAAUGCUGUGCUGUACCCCACCACACCCAUCAUUACUAGAAGAGGAUGUACCUUCACUAAAAUGCAUCGACACUUUGAAGAUUUGUACCUUGGCAAGCUCUUGCACAAGGGACUCUGUCCAGUGUUGCCAGGACGAGUGAUCUUGGUGUAUAUCAGUGGAAGGCAGCAUACGUGGGUAGCUAUGGACUGGAUUCUCCGCUCUUUCAUAGAGCACGGCGACACUGUUAUCAUUGUUAGUGCUGUCAAGCAGCCACCCGGGCCCAAAAACAAGAUGAAUAAGUUUCUGAUGUCUCCAACUCACGUAAAUCGUGAUCCUGCGAAAUUAAAGCUGCGUGAGAGAUUCCGAGAGAGAAGCCGUCCCGAGUAUAUCAAACAGGUUGCAGCUAACGUGAUGUCGUACGCCAUGAAGGUGGUAAACCCAGGUAUCAUCGCCAAAAUCACAGUUGAAGUUUGUGAGGGCACAACCAAGGAUGUCCUUAAGGACAUGUACAAGUUAUAUGAGCCUAACGUUGUAUCUACAGCCUCGAAAGUCAAUGUCCGGAACAGUGCGCCAUUGAAAUCGUGGAACUCAUCUCGUUUGAGUGAUCGUUUGGUAAAGAACUUCCCACUUCCAGUCAUUGUGGUUCCGGCACUGAACAUGGGCCAUUUCGAAAGAAUACUCAAGGAUGAGGUCGAAGGUAUUGCUCCUGGAAUGCUGAAUUCUACGAGCAUGACCGCUUCAACCUCUAACAAUUCCAAGAAGACUGUUGAACUGCCCAAGCCUGCAGAUCUGCCUAUUAUGAAGAUAACUGACUCACAGAAUCAAAAUGUCAGCGACGAAGAGUCACUAUCAGAUGGCUCGUUGCAUAGCGAAGGAAGUGGAGGCAGCGUAUCUACCACAGAAUCCUAUGACUCGUUUGUGGAGAUUGCGGAGCUCUACGAUGGAUAUCGUGAUAAGCUUCACAAUGAACUUCGACUGUUGGCUUCCAAUACUCGUGAUGACCAGUACUUUGCCAAUUUCCUCCGGUCUAUCUCCGACAAGUCGCUUGAGUUCUGCGAGGAUCUUCGCGGUGUUGAUCCCGACUUUCGUGGUCAGGGUGCAAAACUUGCAAGGGCAAUUACUGGCUCCAAUUCUUUUGGUGCCGUCCCAUACAAAACAAAGUCGUUGUUGGCCCCAGUGGAAGCGCCAAAGCCGCUGCCAGGGAACUCGGGAGCAAUUUCCAUUGCAGACUUGAAACGAAGCUUGAAGCUCAAUGCUAUGAAAAGCGACGAAGGUGUACACAAUGGACCAAGCAUCUUGGUGGAUCCUCCUUCAGGCACUACAUCGCCCACUUCUGAAACCCCCAAACAUUCAGCUUUGACGUUUUCAGAGGUAGAGAAACCUUCAAGAAGAACAAAGAGUAGUGUUACUCCAUUGAAGAAGUUCUUGUCUCACGACGACACCACUAAUAAUAAAGUCAAGCUUGAGCCAUCCAAAUCGCAUCCCGACAUUCGCACAGUUGCUCUGGCAGAUUCGGACAAGAAGAAGAAGAAGAAGAAGAAGUUCUGGAAGUUGUUCUAG